ACACAUCAUAUUAAAUUCUCUUACAGGUAUAGUAUACCUACUUUUGAUUUUAAAUAAUUGGAAUGAACUUCACUCAAUGAUACAAAAGAUCUCAGAGUUUUAUUUUAUUUGUAACAGGAAACAAUUUAGUUUACAUUCGGUUUUCGCAUAGGAAACCCACUGACUGGAUAGCAGCAUGGCGGAGAUAUUGAUUUCUCGCGUGCGCGCGCAACAUCUGUCAAAGUAACUUAUUCUGCUCCAAAUAAUAAAUACUUCAGUAAAAUUCCUUGGAUUGUGAAUAAUAAACUGUGAUAGUGUACCUGAAAUCAAAAAUAAACAUAAGUGUGCUCUAAAUUUGAAAUAUUUUUCAAUGUGUUAAUUUUUUUUGCGGAACGGUAUUCAUUUGUUUUUCCGUAACACAUUUGUAUUUUGACAGUAUGUAAUGAAAUUAUUAUUGUGUCAUAUGUAGGUAUGCCUUAUUAUUAAUAUUGUAUUGUAAUUUGGACUGACUAAAUGUGAAAUAACGAAUUAAUGGAACAUCAGUUCUAUAUUUUUAAUUCGCAUCAGAUCUGUCAAAAGUAGAAUAGGAGCAUUGUGAUUAUUGUUAUUCUAUUUUAUACCUGAAAAAUACGUGGACCUCAAAGUGAAAAUACAUUUAUCAAUAUUAGUAUAUCGCUAUAUCUUCAGUAUCGCGGUAAAAAAACAGAGCACAGAAUCGUCAUAUUUCGACAGAAGGAUAUAACCCCUUGUGCGGCAGAAAAAUAUUAAAAGAAUUAAUGAUAAUAGCAAAAAUAGUAACGUAUAGGAAUGAUGAAUCCUGUCCAAUUUAUAUGUCCAAUGGAAUUGUCAGUUGAAGCAUCGUUCUGAAUUAAUACAAUGCUACAUAAACAUGUCGAGAUGCUUGCGGAUCUUCGGGGCGUACUCGUACCGGCUGACGAGGCGACACUCCACGCUGCUCCUCAUAGCGUCCCUCAUCGUGACCCUCACCCUCAUCUUCCACCUUUACUCCCAUCGCCACCACCACCAUCACCACGCGCAAACAAAGAUCGGUGACUUUGACUACCAACCUGGCGCGUUCCUCAGGGGACGACAGCCUAACGAAAACAAAACAUACUGCCAAUUCAAUUAUGGCCUCCCAGACACGCUUAAAUGGGGAACUUUUCGUGUAAUGCCUACUCCCGAAGCUGGACUACAGAGCCCUUAUAGAGUAAUUUACAAUGCUGUCAUGGGCACAGCAUACUCUAACCACAGCAAAUAUAAUGCAGUCACAUACGCCACCCAAGCAACCCCGGAAUAUAUUUAUCAUAUAGCAGAAAUAGCAAGGUAUUGGGACGGUCCUAUCAGUCUCUCAGUUUUUGUACCUAACUACGAUUUGGAUAUCACUAUGCAGAUAAUGAAUCAACUCUGCCACUGCUAUUCCGGAAUGUCUAAAGUGUCACUCCAUCUUUUCUAUCCAAAAAAACAUCCACCGAAAUUACGUAGCAAGGAACAACGCACCACGACCACAGAAAUGCCGACAACUACUUCAAAUAUAACAUUAGAAGAAAUGUUACAGAAGAAACUGGAUAAUUACAGGAAAUUAGAUAAUAAGACUAGAUAUGAAUACAUUCAACAGGCCAGGAAGAGUAAAAUUGCGAGAAUGAUGUCGCAAAUGUCGGCGAAAAGAAUAUAUGCCCCAGAUUUGAUGUUUGAUGACUGUGCUGGUAUCGAUUAUAGCAUAAUGACUUUCAAGAAGGACAACAAUUUGAUAUAUCAUAUAAAUGUAGGUAGAAACGUCGCCAGGAAUGCGUCAAGGACAAACUACUUCAUUGUGUCAGACAUCGAAAUGGUGCCAAGUGACGGGUUGGCGCCCAAGUUUUUGACCAUGGUUAGAAAAUUAAUGGGGGACAAGAAGAGAGAUGAAGGUUGCAUUUUCGGGAAGACUGUUUUCGUGGUGCCACUAUUUGAGGUGGAGAAAGGAGAGGAGAUUCCGCGCGACAAGGACACAUUGGUUAAAAUGGUCGCCUCCAACCGAGCCAUGUAUUUCCACCAGAAGUUCUGCUCACACUGCCAGAGGUUCCCUGGUUUACAAACUUGGCUCGCUCGGCAGUCGCCUGGUAUCCUUGAGCCCAUGUUGAUCGCCCGGCGAGAGUACCCGUUCCACCGAUGGGAACCGCUAUACUUCGGGACUCGGAAGGAGCCGUGGUACAGCGAGUCACUUUCGUGGGAGGGACGGCAGGAUAAAAUGACACAGAUGCUGGAGCUCUGUCUACAAGAGUACCGACUGGUGGUUCUUGACGGAGGGUUCCUCUGUCACGCGGCGGCGCGAGCGCCGUCACGCCACACCCGCGCUGAGCGUGCCAACACCCAGCAGUAUCAUAAGAUCAUCGCCACGCUCAAGGCUCAGUACACUGAUCGACCUGCUUGUAAGCUGAUGUGGGGUACAAUACUUGAGGAUCUUGCACUGGCAAAUUCUUGCCAGCACAAUAAUCUUGUCAGUCUCAAUCUUGCCGUCCAGUAGAUACUCACCUAAUGGAUGGCAAGAUUUUCGACGCCAUGGGUUGGCUUUGGUAGUUACUAAUCUGCGCCUCUUUCAUUAUAUUUGAUCGCCAGUGUCCGAGAUGUGACACCAGUGGCUAGUUGAUACUGGCAGCACUUUUUUAUGGU